AUGCUUCGUCACGAUCUUCAUGACUGGUCCGAUAAAAAUUUAGUGCCUCUGUUCCCGGGCAAAGGUCGAGUGUUACAAGCUAUCAUGGACUGCUCUGCGCAGUGUGCAGAAUCCUUCUAUCAUCUCUGUCAACAUGAGACCAAGCUUGUCAUGGCUAUCGUAACCACUGUCUUCGUUGCUUCUGAUGACAAUGCCAUUUUAAACCCCGAUGAGCGCAAGAGUCUAUCCUAUUUCUCUUUCAAUCACUGGCAGAGCCUGCCUGAGGAGAAUCGCUGGUGUGCGGUCCUCACCAAAGCUCUGAAGAUGUGCGCCGAAUAUUUUGGGUCGCAGGACCCACUAGUUGGUAGCCUGGCCGCGAACAGCUACAGCGCGUUUGUAGACGCCUGCGCUCAGGAGACUCGUCUGGAAAACGAACUGCCAGUGCACAUUGGCAACCAUGAGCAAUCACAUUCUUGUUCAAAAGAGUGUUCGGUUGAGUCAUUUCCCGCCUAUUUCCGCUCCUCAAGUGCUGCGCCAUUAUUGUAUCUCAUUCCCAAAGUCAAGGUUUCUCGACAUGAAGAAGUUCCCCUACGCUUUUGGAUCACAGUCAUACCCGGUAUCUGCAAAUACAUCAACUACAUGAACGAUUUGCUAUCUUGCCCUAAGAAGAUUCUUGCUGAAGAGACUUGGAACUAUCUCUUUAUGAGGACUCAAGCCAAACGGCAAGCAGGCAGGUUGACCAGGUUCAGAUCUAAGCAAAAUAAGCUAUGGUCGUUCCGUGACACACUGUGUGAAACAAUUGAAGAAGUGCAAAGAACAACUCUUGCGCUGGAACAGGCUUUCACAGAGUGUAUUCCGACGGAGAUCCGUGGAGGCCCAGUCAGCAUGAAUGCUACCAGUGGCAGCGCUCAAGAUGAAAAGAACCACUUUCAUCAACAUAUCCAGUCAGCUGCUCAGCUCUGGACUGGUUACAAGCAUGGCUACAUUGCCUGGCAUAUAAUCUGCAACAGAUAUGGCUUACAGCGUCUCCCCAUUGAGGGAUACACCUUCAAAUCCAGAGGAUUGUUCCCUUUGAGGCACAAUUCUCUGUGUGCUAUUCUCUUUGGUAUGAUGUUUGCUUUUAUAUCCACAAUUAUCUAG